CUGGUUAUUUUCUCAUGUCUCAAACAGGUUGUGACGUGUUUUCCACAGGUGAAAGAAUUUUCUGAUGUUGUUCAGCUCAACAGUUCAGCGGAGGAACAGAAAGAUCUGCAGGCAUUAUUUGAGCUGUGAAUGGGUGAAGCACCAUGGCGAAUGUUAAACAGCUGCUCGACAACUCACUGAAUGAACUGUUAGAAGCUGAACUAAAAAAGUUUCAGAGGUACUUAGUGAAUGACCAUAAUGAGAUUUCAAAAGCUGAUUUGGAGAAUGCAGACAGGUUGGAUACAGUAGAUAAGAUGGUAUCAUGUUUUGGAUCAGGAAGAGCUGUGAAGGUCACAGUGGACACCCUGAGGAAAAUAAAGCAGAAUGACUUGGCUGAUCAGCUGGAGAGUACACAGAAGCAAGGUGCACCUUUAGAGAACUGUAAAACUCCUCCUCUUGAUUACACAAACAUCAGCCAGAAACUAAAAAAGAAAUUUAAAGAGGAAUUUGAGCAGAUAUUGCUUGGUAAUUCACAGACGGGUCACCAGAAGAAGCUGGAUGAUAUUUACACUGAUCUAUAUGUGGUGGAGAACAAGACUGGAGGAAGAGAAAAUGACCAUGAAGUGAUACAGAUAGAGUCAAAACACAACCAACAGACAGCCAAGGAUAAACCACUCAAGUGUAAUGACAUGUUUAAAGUUCAGCCUGACACAGGUCUACAAAACAGAAGAGUCCUGACACUGGGGAUCGCAGGAGUGGGAAAGACUGUCUCUGUGAAUAAAUUCAUUCAUGACUGGGCUGACGGAAAAGACAAUCAAGAAAUAGUCUUCAUAUUUCCGCUGCCGUUCCGUAGACUGAAUCUGAUUAAAGAAGAAAAGUACAGUCUCAUAGGUCUGAUUAACAAGUACUUCUUUAGAAGUGGAGGACUGAGCUCUCUUCCUGAAGAACAAGGCAAGGUCAUGUUCAUCUUUGAUGGACUGGAUGAAUAUCGCUUUCAAUUGAACUUCAAAGAGGAUGAUGGCUUUACAGAUGUUGACAAGGAAAUGACAGUGAGUAAGAUAGUAACACAUAUCUUAAAGAGAGAGCUUGUGCCCUCUUCCCUCAUCUGGAUCACAUCUAGGCCAGCAGCAGCCAGUCUGAUACCCCAAAACUCCAUUGAUCAGGUGACUGAGGUGCGUGGAUUCAGUGAUGAGCAGAAGGAGCAGUACUUCAUCAAAAACAGCAGUCCUGAGGUUGCUGGAAACAUCAUCAGCCACAUCAAGAAAUCCAGGAGUCUGUACAUCAUGUGCCACAUCCCCGUCUUCUGCUGGAUCUCUCUCACUGUUCUUCAGCCUUUGCUGGGUCAAGAGAGCAAUGAAAAAACACCCACAACUCUCACAGGGAUGUACAUCAACUUCUUACUGUCUCAAAAGCAACAGAUGAAAGAAAAAUAUAGUGAUUCUGAACCUGAAGCCAAUGCCUGGUCUUUUGAUGACAUUGUUCUGAAGCUGGGGAAACUGGCCUUUGAACAGCUGCAGAAAGGACAACUGAUUUUCUACAAAACAGAUCUGGAGAAGUGUGGACUAGAUGUCAAGGAAGGGUCUGUGUUCUCUGGAUUAUGUACUCGAAUGUUUCAGGAGGAAAACCCCAUCUCAGGGGAACAGGUGUACAGUUUUGUUCAUCUCAGCGUUCAGGAGUUCAUUGCUGCUCUCUAUGUGUUUUUCACUUACAAAGACAAGAAAGCAAAUCCAUUUCUUGAAUCCAGGAAAAAGGAACUGACAUGGAAACUCUCUACAAAGACCCUGUUUAAACUUCAUAAGGAUGCAGUCGAGAAGACUUUACAAAGCAAGAACGGACACCUGGACCUUUUCCUCCGGUUCCUGUUGGGUCUUUCACUAGAGUCUAAUCAGAGUGACCAGAGUAACCUGAAGCAGCUCCUGCCAGGGCUGAAGCUCGAAACUGAGAACAUCAAAGAUACGACUGACUAUAUCAAAAAGAAAAUAAAGAAGGAGAAAUCAGCAGAGAGAACCAUCAACCUCUUCCACUGUCUGAACGAAUUGAAGGAUGACUUUGUGGAGGAACUCCAGAAGAGUCUGAGCUCUGGAAAUCUUACAGCACAGAAUCUGUCCUCUGCUCAGUGGUCGGGUCUGGUGUUUGUGCUCCUGAUGUCAGAAGAGAUUCAAGAGAAGUUUGAACUGCAGAAAUACAGAAGAUCUGAUGAAGCACUGAUGAGACUGAUGCCAGUGGUCAAGAUCACCACAAGAGCACUGUAAGAGUUUUCUGGAUACACUUAUGCCCAUUUCACACAUCGAUUUGCAACACAUCUGCAACCCAUGAGUCAAAUGUGUGCAGUGCAGAAA